CAGCUGUGUUCUAUCAAGCGAAACUUGCUUAAAGUUUUACACUAACUCCGAACAUUUUUUAAAGAAAUUAAAAUGUCUUGCACGUCGUAAGAUCUUUGAAUUCCGUUAUUAUAAAAUACGUUUUGCACGUUUUUUUUUCUAAAUCUUUGGAUACCAUAAUGGAUCCGGAGUUUUGCGCCAACAAUUGAAUCGGAGAGACUGUACGGCCUGAUCCGUGCCCGCUACAUUAUGACGCCCCCAGGCAUCGAUGCCAUGCGGCGGAAGUACGAGUAUGGCGACUUCGGGAUCUGUCCCCGAGUCUACUGCCAGGGCCACCACGUCCUACCCAUUGGGCUCAGCGAAAAGUCGUACGAGUCCACGGUGAAGAUCUUUUGUCCAUGCUGCCAGGAUAUCUACCAGCCAACGCGGAUCAGCGCCAUGUUAGAUGGCUGCAUGUUUGGGCCCAGCUUUCCCCACAUGUUUCUUAUGGAGUUGCCCUCGCAUCGCCCAACGCCACCCCAAGAAAAAUAUGUGCCUCGUCUCUAUGGGUUUCAGCUGCACAAGAGCGCUUUGGAGCCAGUUCCAGAUUCAGCUGCCAAUGAGUCCGCCUAGUGCUUCUUCCGGUCUUAACUACUUACCAUUUAUCAUCUGAAUGUAAUUAACCUUAAACAAAUCUCAGUGCAUGGAUAUCGCCAGCGCCAGCAGCACACUCACACACUCACACUAUGAAGACACUGCAAAGAGUUCGCUGGCAAUAUCACGCACUUGAUUGAUCUCAA